AAAGGAGAUACUAGUGGCGGUUCCAACCUAAAUGAAUUGAGUGGUCCAAACGGAUGUUAUAUCGAUCCAAGCAAUGGAAAUAUCUAUGUGGCCGAUAAUGGAAACAGUCGUGCUCUACGUUUUCCUUCUGGAUCUACUAAUACAACAAAUGGAACAAUAGUUGCGGGUGGAAAUGGAUCAGGUCCAAAUGCUAAUCAAUUGAGUAAUCCGAGAGGUGUAGUGGUUGAUCAAAGUGGAAAUGUAUUCGUGACGGAUAAUUCGUGA